AUGUCAGCUAGCAUCCACGGCACUUUGCCUUCGAAACUACCUUCAGGCGGUCUAUCGCCAGGUGAAGACGAUAGAAAUGCCGUCUCGGAGUCGCAACCAUUGCUCCCUACAGACCCAGACAAAUGGACACCUCCUAAGGGUUUUAUCUGGAUCGAAGUCGCGAUUUUCGCGAACGUGUUCUUGUCUGGAUUUGAUGGAACUAUCACUGCAUCGACCUAUGCGCUGAUCAGCUCCGAGUUCAACGCGGCUAAUACGGCUUCGUGGCUAACAACCUCCUACCUUAUCACCAGCACUGCUUUUCAGCCUUUGUACGGGCGCUUUUCCGAUAUUUUCGGUCGGCGCUCGUGCUUUUUUACGUCGACUAUUACUUUUCUUCUGGGAUGUCUUGGGUGUGCCGUUGCGCGCGAUGUCAUCUUUUUGAAUCUUAUGAGAGCGUUGACGGGGAUUGGUGGAGGAGGAUUGAUGACCAUGGCGACCAUUAUCAACUCCGAUAUGAUCCCUUUCCAGCGCCGUGGGAUGUAUCAGGCCGCCCAGAAUGUUCUUCACGGAUUCGGUUCAAUCUGCGGAGCGUCCAUGGGAGGCAGCAUUGCAAAUACCAUAGGCUGGCGGUGGUGCUUUCUGCUGCAGGUUCCUGUAUCGGUCUUUGCGUUAAUCAUGGGUCGCAUCACAAUUCCUAUUCGUCAAAUGUCGGUCGCAAGUUCCAGCCAUCAUGGUUUGCGAGGCGUGUGGCAGCAGGUUGAUCUCACCGGUGCACUGCUACUGAUCCUGGGACUGUCCAUCCAGCUAGUCGGCCUGAGCCUCGGGGGCAAUGAGCUUCCGUGGGACAAUAUCUGGGUGAUCACAUCACUUGUCGGAAGCGUUUUGCUCCUAGUCGGCUUCCUCGCAGUAGAGGCCCGGACGACCGCUAUACCGGUGAUUCCUUUGCGCAUGCUUCAAGGCAUCCUUCCGCUCUCGACGCAGAUAGCUAACGUGUGCGUGGGAAUGGCUGCAUACGCCUUUCUCUUCAUGCUCCCUCUCUUCUUCCAAGUCAUUCUUCUUGACUCGGCCUCAAAAGCGGGUGCUCGCCUCGUUAUACCCUCCCUAGCCACUCCAAUCGGUGGCCUCGUCUCCGGCAUCAUCAUGUCCCGCUGGGGCAAACUAGCGCAUCUCGUGCGUGCAGGUGCCUUUCUAAUGUUCAUAGGCAACGUCCUGGUAAUGCUACUGGACUUUGACGACGCAGGGUGGAAAUACUUUGUCUACGUCAUCCCCGCGAACCUCGGGCAAGGCAUCGUAUACCCAGCCAUCCUGUUCACCUUUUUAGCAGCAUUUGAUCACUCCGAUCACGCCGUCUCGGCCUCAACAGUCUAUCUUAUCCGCUCCCUCGGCACAGUCUGGGGCGUAGCCAUCACAUCAACUAUCCUUCAAAACCAUCUCAAUGCGGGCUUACCAGAUGCCCUGAGUGGAGUACCGGAUAAAUGGAAAGUUAUCUCCGAUAUCAGGCACUCUGUCUCCGCUAUUUACACUCUGCCACCGGACGUCCAGGCGGCUGCGAGACAGGUGUAUUAUGGCGGUAUUCGUAUGUCGUUUGGGGCUUCUGCCGCCUUUGGAGGUGUUGCCAGUUUGGCCGCGGUGUUUGCGAGGGGCAAGGGGUUGGAGAGAGGUGGCCGUUAA